AUGCUUUGUUCAAGACUAGUUUCUGUGUUUACGCUGCUGGCCCUUGGAGCGGCAUUUUCCUUUUCCAAGCCGGCACUCCGUUCCAGGCCGCUGUUCCAUGAGGACGGCGUGCUGGAUUUGGACACCCUGAACGAGGAAUUGGACCAAUGCAAAGUGGUCCAGGAGCUGAACCAGCACUUUGACCAAGAGGAAGAGGGUCUUAACUACGCAGAGUACGUUUUCUCCAAACUGUUUCCAUUCGGCCCCGCAGGAAACGCUCUGCUGGCCACGACGUACAUCUCGGGGCCUCCAAACUUCAUUCUCGCCCUGAUCCCAGCCAACAUCGACGUCUCGUCCUUAUCGCUUCUGGUCAGCUUUGCCGUCGGAGGACUGCUGGGAGACGUUUUUCUGCACCUUUUGCCACAGACGUUUCUGGGCGAGCCAUUGGAACACAAGGCAUCCUUUGUUCUAGUCGACGGAAAACGCAAUUGUGUGCUUGGGUUCUGCAUUUUUGUCGGCUUUCUGUUUUUCUUUGUCAUCGACAAAAGCUUGCGGGUUCUCGAGCACACCGGGGACGGGUCGUCCCACUCACACUCGCACACCCACGCAGAGCCGGUGGAGAAACCAAAGUCGAAAAAAAAGAAGGGAAAAAAGAAUACGGAAACCAAAGCAGAGCCUGUGGUGGCGAACCCGAGCGCCAGUGUCAAGACGUCUGCGUACCUGAACCUGAUCUCGGACUUCACGCACAACAUCACCGACGGCCUUGCGAUCGCGGCCUCGUUCUACAUCUCCAAGACUGUGGGCUGCACUACCACCUUGGCUGUGUUUUUCCACGAAAUCCCACAUGAAGUGGGGGACUUUGCGCUUCUGAUCCAGGGCGGAUUCACCAAAUGGCAGGCCAUGAGCUCGCAGUUUGUGACCGCCAUCGGCGCUUAUCUGGGCACGCUGAUCGGCAUUGGCAUCCAGACGAUGUCGGGCGACGCCAACAAGCUGGCAGCCCUCAAAUCUUCGGGUCUCUUUGGUACCACCGUCCAGAUUGAAGACCUCACUCUGCCGUUCACAGCAGGCGGCUUCCUGUACAUCGGCUUCAGCGUCGUGCCAGAGCUGCUGGAGCUGGGCCAGGGCACUACAAGACUACAGGAAUUGCGCAAGUUUGUGAGCCAAAUCUUCUUCAUCUUUGUGGGCAUCGGCUUCAUGUUUCUGAUUGCGUGGAACGAAUAG